AUGGAAUCCCCCAAGCGGAAGCGCCGCGGCGGCGGCGGCGACGACGACCGCCGCCUCCCCUCCUCAAAGCUCCGCCCAGCUGAGGACCAUCCCCAAGCGAACGACGCCGAUGUCGAGGAGUUCUUCUCCAUCCUCUGUCGGAUGCGCGACGCCACGCGCUCGAUCGCCGCUGCCAGAAAGGCGAUGGCCCCGGCGCCACCACGCUGGACCCCAGCGUUCGCGCUGGAGGAUUUCGUGCGGCCCGACGCUGCCAUGGUCGAGGCCGAUCGCGGGGCGUCGGCGGAGAGGGAGGUCGAGGAGGACCACGAUUUGCCACCGCCGUGUCUCGACUUGAACGCGGAUCCGGAGCCGGAGGUCCUGGCGCCGGAGAACCCAUGCGGCGAGGCGACUUCCAGAUGCUCCCGUGCACCGGCUUGA